AAUGGGGCCUGCCUCUGCUUUCCAGACUACAAGGGUAUUGCCUGCCAUAUCUGCUCCAACCCAAACAAGCAUGGCGAGCGGUGCCAGGAGGACUGUGGCUGUGUCCAUGGUCUGUGUGACAACCGUCCUGGCAGUGGAGGAGUGUGCCAGAGCGGUACUUGUGCCCCUGGCUUCCGGGGGCGUUUCUGCAAUGAGUCCACGGGAAGCUGUGCAUCCAGAGGGUUGGCCCAGCUCUGCCACCAACAUGCUCGCUGCGUUAGUCAGGAGGGUGAGGCCAGGUGUGUCUGCCUUGAUGGUUUUGAAGGGGAUGGCUUCUCCUGCACGCGCAGCAAUCCCUGCUCACACCCAGACCGUGGUGGCUGCUCAGAGAAUGCCGAAUGUGUCCCUGGAGACCUGGGCACCCACCGCUGCAUUUGCCACAAAGGCUGGAGUGGGGAUGGCCGCAUCUGUGUGGCCAUUGAUGAAUGUGGGCUGGACACUCGAGGUGGCUGUCAUGCGGAUGCUCUCUGCAGCUACGUGGGCCCUGGACAGAGUCGAUGCACAUGUAAGCUGGGCUUCGCUGGAGACGGCUACCAGUGCAGCCCCAUCGACCCCUGUCGGGUAGGCAAUGGUGGCUGCCAUGGCCUGGCUACUUGCCGGGCAGUUGGAGGAGGCCAGCGGAUUUGCACAUGCCCCCCUCAUUUUGGCGGUGAUGGCUUCAGUUGCUAUGGAGACAUCCUCCAGGAACUGGAGGCAAAUGCCCACUUCUCCGCCUUCUCGCAGUGGUUCAAGAAUUCAAGUGUCGUUCUCCCUGCUGACAGCAAAGUCACAGCCCUGGUACCUUCUGAAUCGGCCGUCCGGAGGUUGAGCCCCGAGGACCAGGCCUUCUGGCUGCAGCCAAAGAUGCUGCCCGAACUGGUCAGGGCCCAUUUUCUCCAGGGUGCCUUCUCAGAGGAGGAGUUAGCCCGGUUAAGUGGACAACAAGUAGCCACACUGAGCCCCACGACACGCUGGCAGAUACAUAACAUCAGUGGGAAAAUCUGGGUGCAGAAUGUCAGUGUGGAUGUAACCGACCUCCUUGCUACCAAUGGCGUCCUACACAUCAUUAGCCAGGUCUUGCUGCCUCCGAGAGGUGCUGUGCAGACUGGGCCAGGGUUGCUACAGCAACUAGAUAGGGUGCCCGCCUUCCACCUCUUCCGGGAGCAGCUAAAGCACCACAAACUAGUGGCCCAAAUUGAGGCUGCCAAAGCCUACACCAUCUUUGUGCCCACAAACCACUCUCUGGAGACCCAGGGCAACAGCAGUAUCUUGGACGUAGACACAGUCCGACAUCAUGUGAUCCUUGGGGAGGCACUCACUGUGGAGGUCCUACGGAAAGGAGGACACCGGAACUCCCUUCUGGGCCCCGCCCACUGGCUGGUCUUCUACAAUCACAGUGGCCAGCCCGAGGUGAACCACAUGCCCCUGGAGGGGCCCUUUCUGGAGGCUCCUGGCUGCUCCCUCUUUGGCCUGUCGGGGAUCUUGACAGUGGGCUCCAGCCGCUGCCUGCACAGCCAUGCAGAAGCUCUUCGGGAGAAAUGCAUAAACUGUACCCGGAAAUUCCGCUGCACUCAAGGCUUCCAGCUGCAGGAUACACCUAGAAAGAGCUGUGUCUACAGAUCUGGCUUUUCUUUCUCCCGGGGCUGUUCCUACACAUGUGCCAAGAAGAUCCAGGUGCCCGACUGCUGCCCAGGCUUCUUUGGCACACUAUGUGAGCCGUGCCCGGGGGGUCUAGGUGGAGUGUGCUCGGGCCAUGGGCAGUGCCAAGACAGGUUCCUGGGCAGUGGGGAAUGCCGCUGUCAAGAGGGCUUCCACGGAACAGCCUGUGAGAUGUGUGAGCUGGGCCGCUAUGGACCCAGCUGUUCUGGAGUGUGUGACUGUGACCACGGGCUGUGCCAGGAGGGCCUUCGAGGGAAUGGAAGCUGUGUCUGCAACGUGGGUUGGCAGGGUCUCCGCUGUGACCAGAAAAUCAUCGAUCCCCAUUGUCCCAAGAAGUGCGAUCCCAAUGCCAACUGUAUACAGGACUCCGCCGGAAUCCCUGCCUGUGUCUGUGCUGCGGGAUAUUCAGGCAACGGCAGUUAUUGCUCAGAGGUGGACCCAUGUGCUUCGGGCCAUGGGGGCUGCUCACCCUAUGCCAACUGCACCAAGGUGGCUCCUGGGCAGCGGACGUGUACCUGUCAGGAUGGCUACACAGGCGACGGGGAGCUGUGCCAGGAAAUAAACAGCUGUCUCGUCCACCAUGGGGGCUGCCAUGUUCAUGCUGAAUGUAUCCCCACAGGCCCCCGGCAGGUCUCCUGCAGCUGCCGUGAAGGCUACGCUGGUGAUGGCAUCCACACUUGCAAGCUUCUGGACCCCUGCUCCCAGAACAAUGGAGGCUGCAGUCCUUACGCUGUGUGCAGAAGCACUGGGGAUGGGCAGAGGACCUGUACUUGUAACCCAAGUCACACUGUGGGAGACGGUAUCACCUGUCAUGGACGAGUUGUGCUGGAGCUCCUACGGAACAAGCAUGCCUCAUUCUUCAGCCUCAACCUCCUGGAAUACAAGGAGCUCAAGGGUGAUGGGCCUUUCACCGUCUUUGUGCCGAGCACUGAUUUAAUGAGCAACAUGACCCAGGAUGAGCUGGCCAGGAUACGCGCCCAUCGCCAGAUUGUGUUUCGCUACCAUGUGGUUGGCUGCCGGCAGUUGGGGAGCCAAGAGCUGCUGGAGCAGGGGUACGCCACCGCACUGUCUGGGCACACGCUGCGAUUCAGUGAGAGGGAGGGCAGCAUUUAUCUCAAUGACUUUGCUCGGGUGGUAAGCAGUGACUACGAGGCAGUGAACGGUGUCCUGCACUUCAUUGACCGGGUUCUGCUGCCGCCAGAUGUGCUACACUCGGAGGCUGAUGCUGUCCCAGUCCCUCGGAGAAAUGUCACCACCGCUGCUGAAAGCUUCGGUUACAAGAUCUUCAGCCGCCUAGUGACGGUGGCUGGUCUUCUGCCCAUGCUCCAAGAUGCAUCCCAUCGUCCCUUCACUAUGCUGUGGCCCACAGAUGCCGCCCUGCGAGCCCUGCCUCCUGAACGGCAGAACUGGCUCUACCAUGAGGACCACCGUGACAAACUGGCAGCCAUUCUUCGGGGCCAUGUGAUUCGCAACAUUGAGGCCUUGGCUUCUGACCUACCUAACCUGGGCCAACUCCGAAGCAUGCACGGAAACACCAUCUCUUUCUCCUGUAGCCGUACCCGGCCUGGUGAGCUCAUGGUAGGUGAAGAUAACACCCACAUUGUGCAACGGCACUUACCCUUUGAAGGUGGCCUGGCUUAUGGCAUUGACCAGCUGCUGGAGCCGCCCGGCCUUGGUGCCCGCUGUGAUCGUUUUGAGACCCAGACACUUCAAAUGAAGACUUGCAGCGUCUGUGGGCUGGAGCCACCCUGUCCUCAGCACUCACAGGAGCAGGGCAGCCCCAAGAUCUGCUGGCGUGAUCACACCAAGUUCUGGACAUCCCAGCUGCGCGCCGCCACGGUGCGCAGUGGCGCCUGGCUACGGCCUGGAUUUUGGAACCACCCCCAACGCCUGGGUCGGGGCUGCCACCGUAACUGUGUCACUGUCACCUGGAAGCCCAGCUGCUGCCCUGGUCACUAUGGCAUCGACUGCCAAGCUUGUCCCGGUGGCCCCAAAAGCCCCUGCAGUGACCACGGUGUAUGCCAGGAUGGUAUGAGUGGAAGUGGACAGUGUAGCUGCCGUUCCGGUUUUGCUGGGACAGCCUGUGAACUCUGUGCCCCAGGUGCCUUUGGACCCCAGUGCCAAGCUUGCCGCUGUACCCCACACGGACGUUGUGAUGAAGGCCUUGGGGGCUCUGGCUCCUGCUUCUGCGACGAAGGCUGGACUGGGCCACGCUGUGAAGUACAGCUGGAGUUGCAGCCUGUGUGUACCCCACCCUGUGCAACCCAGGCCAUGUGCCGUGUGGGCAACAGCUGUGAGUGCAGUCUGGGAUACGAAGGGGAUGGCCGUGUGUGCACAGCGGCAGAUCUGUGCCAGAAGGGGCACGGUGGCUGUAGUGAGCAUGCCAACUGCAGCCAGGUGGGGACGGUGGUCAACUGUACCUGUCUGCCCGACUACGAGGGUGAUGGUUGGAGCUGCCGAGCUCGCAACCCCUGCCUAGAUGGCCACCGUGGAGGCUGCAGUGAGCAUGCUGACUGCCUCAACACUGGUCCGAACACACGGCGAUGCGAAUGCCACGUAGGCUACGUGGGUGACGGACUGCAAUGUCUGGCGGAGCUUGAACCGCCUGUGGACCGAUGCAUGGGCGAGGCAUCACCCUGCCACCCAGAUGCUUUGUGCAUUGACCUGCAUUUCCAGGAAAAACGAGCUGGUGUCUUCCACAUCCAGGCCACCAGUGGCCCUUAUGGCUUGACCUUCUCAGAGGCCAAGGAAGCAUGUGAGGAACAGGGAGCGGUCCUUGCUUCGCUCCCUCAACUCUCUGCUGCCCAGCAGCUGGGCUUUCACAUCUGCUUCGUGGGCUGGUUGGCCAAUGGCUCCGCUGCCCACCCUGUCGUCUUCCCAGCGGCAGACUGUGGCAAUAACCGUGUAGGGGUGAUUAGCCACGGUGUCCGCAAGAAUCUUUCGGAGCGCUGGGAUGCCUACUGUUACCGCGUGCAAGACGUGGCUUGCCAGUGUCGGGUUGGCUUCGUGGGUGACGGGAUCAGUACAUGCAACGGGAAGCUGCUCGAUGUCCUGGCUGCCACUGCCAACUUCUCCACCUUCUAUGGGCUGCUGCUGGGCUAUGCCAACGCCACCCAGCGAGGUCUGGAUUUCCUGGACUUCUUGAACAACGAGCUCUCCUACAAGACACUCUUUGUUCCUGUCAACGAAGGCUUUGUGGACAAUAUGACACUGAGUGGCCUGGACCUAGAACUCCACGCUUCCAAUGCCACCUUUCUGAGUACCAAUGCCAGCCAGGGGACAUUGCUUCCUGCCCACUCAGGACUUAGCCUCUUCGUAAGAGAUGUAGGCUCUGACAACAGUUCAAUGGCCCCUCUGGCCCCCGGGGCAGUUGUGGUUAGCCACAUCAUCGUCUGGGAUAUCUUGGCUUUCAAUGGCAUCAUCCACGCUCUGGCCAGCCCCCUGCUCACGCCUCCCCAGUCUAGGCCAGUGCUGGGACCCAAGCCUCAACCUGUAGCACUAAGCAUGGGGGUUGUGGUAGCUUCUGGAACACUGCUGGGAUUGGUAGCUGGAGCCCUCUACCUGCGUGCCCGAGGCAAGCCCACAGGCUUUGGCUUCUCUGCCUUCCAGGCAGAAGAUAAUGCCGAUGAUGACUUCUCCCCAUGGCAAGAAGGGACCAGCCCAACCCUGGUUUCUGUCCCCAACCCUGUCUUUGGCAGCAGUGAUGUCUUUUGUGAGCCCUUUGAUGAUUCACUGCUGGAGGAGGACUUCCCCGACACCCAGAGGAUCCUCAAGGUCAAAUGAUGGUCCUGAACGGAGGCAGAGGCACACGGAGAGACAGAGACCACUUUUAUUGCUUGUCAGGGUGGCUGGGGCUGAAAGAACGGAUGCUCUGUCCAGGACAAUAAAAAACGCCCUCAGCGGAUGUGGGCCAUGUCACCG